AUGGCCGAAUUGACUACCACCGUGAAAAUGGACGAUGGAGUUAAUUUGCAUGUAAAACUACUCGGAGAUGAUUCUACAUCUACAAAAAAGCCCCUAUUGGUCUCCCUCCAUGGUGCCCCUGGCCUAUCAACUCACCUUGAACCACUGGCUUCCUUUGGUCAUUUAUCAAAUCUCUUCCGCGUGUUAGUUUAUGACGCUCGUGGAAGCGGGAAAUCUGAUCACAUUGGCCCUUUUACUCACGAUCGUUGGAUCCAAGAUAUCGAAAACCUAAGGCAAUGGGCUGGUGCUGACACUUUUGUUCUCGCUGGAGCUUCAUAUGGAGGCUUCGUUGCUUUGGAUUACGCCGUUCGACAUGGCGAUAAAUUACGUGGCUUAAUUUUGAGAGAUACAUGGGCUAAUGGAAAAGUAGGGGCAAUGGCGGCUCUUGCAAAUAUCGUGACAUCUAGCAGAAUCAAUCCCGACAUCCAUCGUCAAGUGCGCGUUUGGUCUGGGACAUUGUAUGAUGACAAAGACUUUGAAGAGGCCGUUGCCGAGAUUCUUCCAUUUUAUACACCCCCAGAGGAUGUUGUCUCGCCUGAAGACUUACCCGAGUCGACCGAAUUCCAAGAAACGAUCAAAUAUCAUUCGGCCACGCAGAAUUUUGCAUUCAGUGUGAACAUGCCGCAAUUUGAUGUUCGUGACCAGCUUAAGGAUAUUAAGGCCCCUACUCUUGUCGUCGUUGGGAGGCACGACUAUGUGACACCAGUCUCAUAUAGCGAGGACAUCGCAAAGUCUAUACCGAAUGCACGAUUGGAGAUUUUUGAGUACUCCGGUCACAGUCCUCCAUCGGAUGAGCCCGCAAAGUUCCAGGAAAUUCUGUUGGAUUAUUUGAAAACUAUUCUAUAG